AUGUUGCAGCGUGGUAUUACAUCGAUAACGUUUCAUCAUCGUCGAAUUCCUCAAGCAUCGUAUCAUUCGUCAACUACUAUGCCGGUUCUCGUGAAACAUUCACCAUCAUUAGGUCGUGGUUAUUUCUAUCAAAAAAUGCGCAAAUUUAUUCGACUUGUUGGCCAUGCCGUUCGUGUCUGUCUGCUCGUUCGAAAAUAUGCUAUUGAGGCAUUACGUCGCGCGAACGAACAAAUCAUUUUCGAAAAUAAAGAUAUUCUCUUUGAUCUGAGACAUUUCCGACGUCCCGCUGAAGAUACAAUCGGACGUAAUAUUCGUAAAAUUCUCAAAUCAGAUCCAAAAACAAGAUCCGAAGAUGAUAUUCGAAUGGUUGUUACUACAUUGAGUCAAGUCAUAACACCGUUUACAGGUUUUUAG